AGCGCCAUGUCGGGUUCCUCUAGCGUCGCCGCCAUGAAGAAGGUGGUUCAGCAGCUCCGUCUGGAAGCCGGGCUCAACCGCGUGAAGGUUUCCCAGGCAACUGCAGACUUGAAACAGUUCUGUCUGCAGAAUGCUCAACAUGACCCUCUGCUGACCGGAGUGUCUUCCAGUACAAAUCCCUUCAGACCCCAGAAAGUCUGCUCCUUUUUAUAGUCAGCUAUCUUGAGGUUUCUUAAACCACUUUUCAUGAACCAGUGGAUAUUCUGAAGUCUGUACAGAAGCUUCUCUAACACGUGCCAUAAUACACAGUCUUUACUUGUCAAUUCUUAAUAUCUACCUCUCUGAAUCUUCAUGGAUUUCUGUUUCACAAGGUUUAACUAUUUUAUAUACACUGGCUGUAGCAUACAAUAAAACAGCAUAAAAUUCUCUGGCCUUGUUAUUGCUAUUAAAUGCACUGUAUUAGAUUCAAUGCUUUACAUUGGCAAGGCUUCUAAGAACUUACAGGCUAUUGCAAAAUUUUAUUCAAGUUUGGGAGAC